AUGCCUUGCCGGCCAGCAAUCUCGUCCAUGUCCCUUGUGCGCACGAUCUGCCAGAAAAAACUCCAGCAAGCCGCGCAUCAAGGGUUCAAAGGCAUUGAAUUCUUCUACGAAGACUUAGAGACGUUUGCCGCACAGUCGUCUGGCGGUGCCAGUCGCCUUAACAUCCUCAAAGGUGCUCUCCGCAUCCGCCAUCUUUGCACCUCGCUCCAGCUAGAGAUCAUCGCCCUGCAGCCGUUCUGGUUUUACGAAGGUGUCCUGGAUGAAGCCGAGCAUAACCGCCUCAUUGAUGAUAAGUUGCGCUUCUGGUUUGAGAUCUGUCAUAUCCUGCACACAGACAUGAUCCUUAUCCCGUCCAAUUUUCUCCCUCCAGACCCUGAGACCGGCGAACCCCGGACUACCGGCAACCGGCGAGUGAUCGUAUCCGACCUGCGCCAGGCUGCAGAUCUAGGACUGGCCCAGUCCCCGCCGAUCCGUUUCUCUUACGAGGCUCUUGCCUGGGGAAACCACGUCGAUACUUGGGAACAAAGCUGGGACAUCGUUCGUCGUGUAGAUCGUCCCAACUUUGGUCUUUGCCUGGAUACCUUCAACAUUGCCGCCCGGGUGUACGCCGAUCCGGCCAGUGCAUCGGGGAUGACUUAUAAUGGCGCGAAAGAGCUGCAGAGGUCCCUCGCACGUCUCCGUCAGACUGUCGACCCGAAACGAGUGUUUUUGUUCCAGGUUGUCGACGGGGAACGCUUGAAGGCGCCAUUGGUGAUGGGUCAUGAAUGGUAUGUGGCGGAGCAGCCAAGUCGCAUGAGCUGGUCUCGGAAUGCAAGACUGUUUGCCUUCGAAGAAGGGGGAUAUCUUCCGGUGAAGGACAUUGCCCGAACUGUCUUUGCUCUGGGAUACGGGGGUUGGGUUUCGAUGGAAUUGUUCUCCCGCACAACCUUCGACCCCGACCCCAAUACUCCUUACGGCCAUGCACAACGUGGGAUCGCAUCAUGGAAGACACUGGUGACUGAAAUGCAGGGAGAGAUGGUUUGUGCGAAGGCUGACAGUGUAUAA